UUCCUCUGUGUGGGUGGUGCGGCUGCAGGUAUUUGUGUGGGUCCCCCAUUCCUCUGUGUGGGUGGUGCGGCUGCAGGUAUUUGUGCGGGUCCCCCAUUCCUCUGUGUGGGUGGUGUGGCUGCAGGUGUUUGUGGGGGUUCCCCAUUCCUCUGUGUGGGUAGUGCGGCUGCAGGUAUUUGUGCGAGUCCCCCAUUCCUCUGUGUGGGUGGUGCGGCUGCAGGUAUAUGUGCGGGUCCCCCAUUCCUCUGUGUGGGAGGUGCAGCUGCAGGUAUUUGUGCGGGUCCCCCAUUCCCCUGUGUAGGUGGUGCGGCUGCAGGUAUAUGUGCGGGUCCCCCAUUCCUCUGUGUGGGUGGUGCGGCUGCAGGUAUUUGUGCGGGUCCCGCAUUCCUCUGUGUGGGUGGUGCGGCUGCAGGUAUAUGUGCGGGUCCCCCAUUCCUCUGUGUGGGUGGUGCGGCUGCUGCAGGUAUAUGUGCGGGUCCCGCA